AUGUACUGUUGCGCUGCUCUUCAUGCCAGCCAUUGCGAGAAAGCAGGCAGUCAAGCCAGCAAGAGGAAAUAUCAUUAUCCAUAUCAGGAUCGUGCCAAACUGCCUUGCGACAAAGCAAAAAGAGGGUUGCAGGACUACACCCAUACAGAAUCUCCAAACUCUAAGGAAUUCAAUUUUGACUGGCCUAGCAGUAGCUCUUGUUAUACCCCGUACUGCCCCGAUGGUAAUCAAAUAUGGAUGAGGGGAAACCGGGGACUCGGCCCUUGCCAGGCCCUAUUGGGGUCCUGGACCGACGAUCAUGACGACACAUUUGUUCCUGAUUGA